CUGUGUUCUCCUCCGGAUGCUGGCUUACUAUCUUCAUGUCCAGUUCACAAUCCGAUCCAGCAGUGACCUCAUCCAUCGUCCAGAAGAAGCCGCGCCAUAUUCCCAGGCGGGUCCCUCUCAGCUGUGAUCCUUGCAGAAAGCGCAAAUUGAAAUGUGACCGCGCCGUACCGUGCAGCACUUGCUCGCGGUACAACCGGGAAGACCUGUGCCUGCUGAAUCCUGCGCCGCCUAGAGGCAAAAGGAUAAAUUCACAUCCCAAGCAGAGGACUCAGAGCCAACCCCAGUGCACUGUCGAGGCCCACAAUGCUAGUCAAACCGCUGGAGCUGCGGCUCUCGAGAGGUCUUCGCCCCAGGGACUCGGCAAUCUAUCUUCACAAGUGUGGUCAGAGACUCCAAGCUAUGAAAUAACCGAGUUCGUUGCGGAUGUUCCGGUGACAGAAGAACGACCUGGACCCGGUCAAUCAGUCGAGAAAGUCCAGGCCGUCACCGCAGCCCAGCCAUUGUCUUCUAGUCAUCAGCAACUUUUUACUGCCGGAGAUUCUAGCACAUCACGUUCAGAUGGUGCCGUUAACAUCUUGUUUCCACAGAAUCUGCCGCUUCUACAAUUUUCUAGUGGUGUCGAUGGUAGUUUCAUGGAUAGUUUGAUAUUUUCAGACAACGACAUGCAAUGGAAGAAAUUGCUGGUCAAAUUUCUUCCUACUCGAACUCAAGCAGACGUACUCCUCAGCUAUUUCAUUGAACACAUCAACUGGCUUUUCCAGACGGUCCAUGUUCCCACGUUCCGAAAAGAGUAUUCUAAAUUUUGGGACGGCGAGGUCAAAGAUGUAGAUCUACCGUGGAUGUCGCUGUUGUUCACAAUUCUGUCCUUGAGCGCACUAUACAUCCCUGUUGAUGUUGCGGAAGUGGUCGGUCUGCGACGAGAUUCUAUCCGAAAAUAUUCCCACAUAUGGCAUCGUGCAAGUCUGCAAGCUCUUCAGGCUGGCAAUUACGAAGGAAAGCCAACUCUGUCACAGUUACAGACAUUCUCCAUUACACAGCUAUAUUGGUACGCAACCAACAACAUUGAAACAAUUAAUUCGCGGAUGGGCCAAGCUGUGCGAAAUGCUCAAGCUCUAGGGCUGGACAAAGAUCACACGCCUGCCAGAAAUGUAGCCGAAGCGAUGAGACAUCGCCUGUGGUGGGAUCUAGUGGACUCCGACACGUUUCAGUCAAUAUGUCUCGAUAGGCCACCCUUGAUUCAAGUGCACCUCACCAAUGUACCACUUCCCCUUAAUUGUGACGAUCUCGACCUGGGUUUGGACUUUGCGCGUGCAAGGACCAUGAAUGAGCCUACCGUUAUGAGCAUGAACAUCUAUCGAGCGAGGAUAUUCCGGCUCCUCAACCGCGCUCUGGUCAUUGAUCCGUCGCAGCUUCAAUCCUACAAUUCGGUAGUUGAGAUUGACCGAAAACUUCUGAAGAUUAUUGACGAACUGCCCUGGUAUUUCCAGCUCGAUCAUGAGGAAAAAGCCAAAACCUUCUCUGCAGCUCAUGAAUUCUUGACAUGGCAAAACCACAUUCUGCGGACAUGUGUCAGUACGCAGCGUGUUCGUAUGUAUCGACCAUUUCUCGACAGCGUCACGAGCGCCUUCGACACCUGCAUUGGGGCAGUUGAGAAUGCAUUGGCUACAUACAGGACCCUACGCAGAAAUGAGCCAAUCGUCACGCAACAGAAAUUCUACCCACAGGCGUACCAGAUUUUCUCUGUCGCCGUCACCUUGGGCACGUUACUUCUGGUCGAGAGAACCAUUCCAAACGCCGCUCGCUUCCGGGUCGAUGUUCACAACAUGGCGGACGAUUUGGGUCUGUUAGAAGCGCAAGCGUGCCCUGUUCCGGUCGCCGUCAAUGGACACAACGUUCUACUCAAGAUCCUAUCGCUGUUCGAGCAGGGUGAGUCUUGCUCACCUGAGGACGCUGAACGCCUCGUUCCAGACAUUUCGAUCAUCCUGGGUGGUGAGAAUACUACUCGCGCCUACCUGAGACGACGAACUGCCACUGAGACACAACAGUCCAAUCAAGUUCAGGCUCAUUUGGGUGACGUUAGAGAUCAGGGCGAUGGUGGCAGACAGCUUCAGGGUUCUGAAGUGACGACUGGUCAACUUAUUUCGUUGACUCCUCUUCUUGGAGCAGCAGAGGGACUUUUCGACUUGGAUGAUUUUGACCUUAGCGACUCUUAUGGUCUUUUUGACUGGGACAUGACCGGUUUGUUAUCAGAUGCUCUGGCCAGCGGGAGGCAGUGAAACCAGUGCUGCUAUGUGUCACCACAGCACUCUUACUUGGGUGCUCACUUGCCCGAAUGACCUCUUCGAGAUGCCAUUCACACGAUGCUUGAUGCACCGUGCUCUGCCUCCCUUCCCCGACAUCCUUGGGAGUUGUCUGUCGGAUACCGAGGGAUGUGAGGUGGAUCUUGCGGAACGGUUAUUGUCGGGUCCACGUACGGAGUAGAAGCAACUCGUAUCCAUCCGCAAUGAACUCCGCACCAUGUCGACGAACCUGAAGUCAAAUGGAGAAAGAUAUGUUUAAUGAACAACUUCAUACCAUACUUUUGGCAGUGGUGUAACUGAAAUCAAUGGGUAGGGUCCAGAAGUGACAUCAAUCCUGGCGACGGAGAGAUAGCAUAGAUCCGUUGUCGACAACUUGCAAGAAUCCCUCUUUGGAUUCUGGGCUGAAGCCAAAAGGCCAUUAUCAAUACGGAUAGCACGCGCAACAUGCAACGAACUCGUUUGCAGCCAGGGAAAGGCAAAGCAGAACUCAGCAAGCAAAGCGGAUCAAGCAACUGUCCCGCAAUGUCGCCUCCUCAUAUUUAUGGAAUUACUCUAGCUAACGGGAGUACCAUCACACAUGGUAUCGGUGCGAACGUUAAACGACCCUUCUCAGAUGUCCCGGUCGUCAUGCACGAACUCGACCCCGGCACGCGCUCGUUCGCAGGACAAUUGGGUUUCAUUGAAUUCUCCACGGAAUACCGACUCCCAAGGCACGUUCACAUUGCCCCAGCAGCUGACGAAGCAUCGGCCGAGAGGAGAUUCAUCUGCGAGAGGAUUGUGGUGUUGGAUGGCGUUGCUCUCGUCGAAUUCAAUGGCGAGAGGUACGUGAUUCCGCCCAAGACGUUGGUGUCGAUUGCCCCCGGCGUACCGCACACGUGGACCGCUUGUCCGGUUGGAGUCACGGUGGGAGAGGGCGAUGCGAGCGUCACUUCAAAGGGCGCGUUUCUCAUGCUGUACGAGUAUGAGGAGGCGACAGCCUUCUUCCCUACCUGGCAGACUCGAACGUUGGAGCGCGUGGAGGAGUAUGAACGGUGUGAAGAUCUGGAGAGUAUCAGGUUCCCUGAGAUGUCUGCGAAGGAUGUAUACGAGGAAUGUUGGUUUGCGUGGGAUAAACAGUUGACGAAGAAGGGGCAGAAUUCAGGCAGGACUCGAUACUGAUGCGAGCACUGUAGCAUUGUCUUCCAAAGGGGAAAUGGUGCUCUCGUGUAAUCUCAAGACGCCAAUUGAGGAGUGGGUCGUAAAGAAUCACAAUUGGCAUGCCCACAGACAGUGCCGGCCUCGGUUGAGACAAUUUCCGGAACUAUGAGUGAUAUCAUGGCCUCGAAC